CGGCGGCGGCGACAACACGGCGGCAACAACACGGCAGCGCCCGGCCCGGCACGACCGCGGCCUCACCCAGGCCCCAGGCCCCAGGCCUCACCCACCGCUCGCGCUCCGGGCACGGCUGUAAAUAAAUAAAUAAAGGGCCGGCGGCCCGGGCGGGUGGGCGCCAUGUCCCGAAAGCUGCGGCCUAACGAGGUGUGCGCCGACUGCAGCGCUUCAGAUCCUGGUUGGGCAUCGAUAAACCGUGGAGUGCUGGUUUGUGAUGAAUGCUGCAGUGUUCAUCGAAGUCUUGGUCGACAUAUCUCCAUGGUGAAACAUCUCCGCCACAGCUCGUGGUCUCCGACUCUGUUACACAUGGUACAGACGCUGGCAAGUAAUGGAGCCAACUCGAUCUGGGAGCAUUCGCUGCUUGAUCCAGCGCAAGUGCAGAGUGGACGACGGAAGCCAAACCCACAGGAUAAAGUGCAUCCCACAAAGGCAGAGUUCAUCAGAGCCAAAUACCAGAUGUUGGCGUUUGUACACAAGCUGCCGUGUCGAGAUGAUGAUGGUGUGACCACAAAGGAUCUGAGCAAGCAAUUGCACUCCAGUGUACGUACAGGGAACUUGGAGACGUGUAUCAGGCUACUGUCACUCGGAGCGCAGGCCAAUUUCUUUCAUCCGGAGAAAGGUACCACUCCUCUGCACGUUGCUGCCAAAGCUGGCCAGAUACACCAGGCUGAGCUACUGGUCGUCUAUGGUGCAGACCCAGGAGCACCCGAUGUCAACGGCAGAACGCCAAUAGAUUAUGCCAGACAAGCAAAUCACCAUGAGCUUGCCGACAGACUGGUGGAGUGUCAAUAUGAACUUACAGACAGGCUGGCGUUUUACCUUUGUGGACGGAGACCAGAUCACAAAAAUGGGCAUUAUGUCAUUCCCCAAAUGGCUGACAGAACACGGCAAAAAUGCAUGACCCAGAGUAGCUUGGACUUGUCAGAACUGGCUAAGGCAGCCAAAAAGAAACUUCAAGCACUGAAUAACCGACUAUUUGAAGAACUGGCAAUGGACGUUUAUGAUGAAGUUGAUCGGCGUGAGAAUGAUGCCGUGUGGCUGGCCACCCAGAACCACAGCACCUUAGUGACUGAGCGCAGUGCUGUGCCCUUUCUCCCAGUUAAUCCCGAAUAUUCUGCCACCAGGAACCAGGGUCGGCAAAAACUGGCCAGGUUUAAUGCCCGGGAGUUUGCAACCCUGAUUAUUGACAUUCUUAGUGAUGCAAAGAGACGGCAGCAUGGAAAGACACUAAACAGCCCAACUGAAACUAUUGAUUAUCUGCUGUGCAACCAGAGUGAGCGGGCGGACAGUGAUUUUGGUGACGACCAGCACGACUACGACAGUGUUGCAUCUGAUGAGGACACGGACGCUGAGUCACACCGCAACGCAAACUCGUCCCGGAACAACCGAGCAAAGAGCAUGGAUUCUUCAGACUUGUCAGACGGCCCCAUCACACUGCAGGAAUACCUGGAGGUGAAGAAAGCCUUGGCUGCUUCCGAGGCCAAGGUUCAGCAGCUGAUGAAAGUGAACAACAACCUCAGUGAGGAGCUGCGGAGGCUGCAGAUGCAGAUUAACAAACUGCAGACAGAGAAUGCCCAAAUGAAGCAUGAAAGUCCUAGUCUGCACCCAUCAUCGGCUGCCGGUGAGCGGCAGGAUCUUGCCCCUCAUGUCAAUGCAAAUAGACGCGAUCGGCAAGCAGUGUCCAUGUAUGAAACCCGGUCUGGCCAGAAAUCCUUUGGACAAACUACAGAUGAUAUUGUCACACGACUACAGCCUUUGGAUUGCAGUAUUCGCAGGGGUGUCUCCGCGACCUCUGUGCCCUUCCCCUUCUCUCCCCAACUGUCCUGUUCUCAGGACUGCGGCAGAUCGGUGGUUAACUACCAUCUCAGUUGGGCUCAAGUGUCCAAACUGGAGAAGCGGGGCAGUGGCACGGACAGUGAUUACGACAACACCCAGGGGAUUGAUCUGGCACCAGGUAUUGCUGACGGCAAGAUGGGAAGGGACGAGGAGCUGCAUCUGGAGUAUGAUGACCACGAGGGCGACCUGGAUCCCAGCCUCCCCAGUACAGAGGACGUCAUCCUUAAAACUGAGCAGGUCACCAAAAACAUCCAGGAGCUGCUUCGAGCAGCACAGGAGUGUAAGCAUGAAAGUUUUGUACCAUGUUCUGAAAAGAUCCACUCUGCUGUCACUGAAAUGGCUUCUCUUUUUCCAAAGAAACCUUCUCUGGACACAGUGCGGUCAUCUUUGAAGUUGCUAAAUGCCAGUGCCUUCAGACUGCAAUGUGAAUGCAGGAAAACGAUCCCCCCAGAGCCGGGAGCCCCAGUUGAUAUCCAACUGCUCACACAACAGGUCAUCCAGUGUGCCUACGACAUUGCUAAGGCAGCCAAGCAGCUGGUGACCAUCACAACACGUGAGAAAAAACAAUGACGCUAAAAGCACUUCAGCCACAUUCCAUUAGUUGUUUGUGAACUAAAGAAAGGCAUCUUUCUUCAGAGGCCAACGGGAGCCGCUGUACAUAGACUGAUCCCAAUCCUGUGGGGUUGUUUUUCUGUGAUAGAUUGUUUUGGCUUUCACGUUGAAGAAAGCUUCUCGAAGGUUUAAAUUUCCAAUGUUGUGGAGAGCAGCAGUGGUAGUUAACCAGAGGUAACUAGCACUACCAGUGGUAGUUAACCAGAGGUAACUAGCACUAACUAAUGACUUGGCCAAAGCACAGGCUGCAGUGCGGUGAGAUUUCAACCUCUGCCGCUUUGGCAAGAUGUAAAUACUUAGGUGAUAUUACACUGGAAUUCCUGACUCCUCAAUUAAGUUGCUCGGAAGAAUUACUCCGCACUACAUUGUUGGUGGAAUCUGCGCCGUAAACAUUCAUGUCACACGGGGCAUCUUGCCUCCCAGCGAGCAAGUCAUCUCAAUCCCGAACACGUCUGUACGUUCUUGCACCAGACCACCCGACUUCAACGUGGACCAUCCACAGGUCACCUGCUGCUCUUCAUCCGUCACCAGAGGCUGAAGAUCAGUGGAUCCUAGUAGUGGGCUGGCUGGCUGGCUGCCUGGUGCAUUGUAUGCCACACAACAGUUGGAUCUGCUUGGACCGUUGCACCCCCCCACAGUAGUGUUGGCCGUUCCCACUCUUUGCAUUGACCGCUGCAUAGGUGAUGCAUCGAUACCAGCGCCACGGGUCAACGAUAGUUCACUACAUUCAUUACAGCGGCUCACAGCGCUAGGUGACCGUGAUGAUCAGUUGUACUAAAGGUCUGUCCUUGUUUGAAGUCUGAAUACUAUUCUCCUGGUGCAAGUAUGACAAUUUGGGGAGAGUGUUUGGUCAACCUGCCUUGGUGAUUCAGCCAUGUGGCUCUACCUUGCCCAUGGGAGCAGCAGGUAAGGGUACGUUACUCCAUGGAUCAGUAGGUAGGGACAUGUUACUCCAUGGAUGGUGGAGGUAGGUAGGUAGGUAUACGUCACUCUACCUCACCCAUGAAUCAGGUGCUAAGGGUGUGUAGCCAACAGUCGACCCGGCUCAGAUUGCUGACGAGAAUGAGACCAUGAACAUAACACUAAAGUCCAAGUCUUUAUUACUGCGCUCACUCUAAUUACGAAUAAGAAUUAUCAUCCAUUUAUUCAUUUUUAUUUAUGGAAAUUAAAUGGCCUUGUGUAAAUGUUUAUUAGUUUUAAUUAACCGGGGGGGGGGGGACUAUCGCCAGCACGUGUGUCAACGACAUUUAAUGGUCUUCAGUGAAUGCAGAACCAUGGGAACUGUAGAUGAUCAAUUAUGAAUGGGGAAAUUCAAGUGUAGGAACCUAGUUGUUUUAACUCCUUCGUUAACAAAUUUCUGUCAGAAAGUGGGGCUGUGGAAGAUGUAUUAUUAAUGAUGGCGGCACGGUGGUGCAGCGGUAGAGUUGCUGCCUCACAGCGCCAGAGAUCCGGGUUCCAUCAUGACUACGGAGUUUGCACGUUCUCCCCGUGACCUGCGUGGGUUUUCUCCGAGAUCUUCGGUUUCCUCUCACACUCCCAAGACGUGCAGGUUUGUAGGUUAAUUGGCUGGGUGUAAAUGUAAAUUGUCCCUAGUGUGUGUAGGAUAGUGUUAGUGUGUGGGGAUCACUGGUCGGUGCGGACUUGGUGGGCCGAAGGGCCUGUUUCCACUCUGUAUCUCUAAACUAAACUAAUCUGAACAUCCUCACUGCAAAAUAUGAAAGUUGGCUUCACUUUCUUGGCCAGCUCCAGUUUUCAGUGGCAUUGCUAACGUUCCUCCAUUUCACAUUGGGCAAUGGGAGAUUAAAGUGGGGUGCAAAGAUGACAACUUCAAAUACCUGGAGCAAGUUUCAUUAAGAGUAACUAGAGGAGAACCUUUUCAUACUAUAAAUUGGAAGAGGCUAAAUAAGGUCUGAGGUACGCAGACUUCAACAGCUUUUUAAAAACAAUCUAGACUAAUUGCCACCUGAGGCAUUGCCUGUUGGGGUGCUAAUUUAAUAUAAAGCAAGCUGGUAAAUUUGUGUCACUUCAUUAUGUUAAAUGCUAGAAAUGUUCACCACUCUGAUCUUCAUUUGUAACCAGGCUAACCCAAACCACUGUAGAAACAAGGAACUGCAGGUGUUGGUUUACCAAAGAAAAGUGCUGGAGUAACGCAGCGGGUCAGGCAUCAUCUGUGGAGAAUAUGGUCGCAACCAUUCUUCAGUCUGAUAAAGAGUGCUGACAUGAAACGUCACCUAUCCAUGUUCUCCACAGAUGCUGCCUGGCCCGCUGAGUUACUCCAGCACUCUGUGAAACGUCACCUAUCCAUGUUCUCCACAGAUGCUGCCUGACCCGCUGAGUUAUGGUGCAGCAGCAUCUAUGGAGCUAAGGAAAUAGGCAACUUUUCGGGCCGAAAUCCUUCUGGAAAUAGGCAACGUUUCGGGCCGAAACCCUUACGGGUUUCGGCCCGAAACGUUGCCUAUUUCCUUAGCUCCAUAGAUGCUGCCUGUCCCGCUGAGUUACUCCAGCACUCUGUGAAACGUCACCUAUCCAUGUUCUCCAUAGAUGCUGCCUGACCCGCUGAGUUACUCCAGCACUCUCUGUCUAUAUUCAACAAUGACACAAGGGUGAAUCAGUUUGGGUAAAGGAGAUGUCAUGUCACUUGUUGACUACACAUGGGAGUAGCAUGAAUCCUUUCACUAAUGUUCUUUUGUUAAUAUUCUCAUCAAACCCCAAAAGUUGUAGGAAGGUUUGAUACUGACAAAUGUACUAGCAUUGUAAACUAUACUGCCUAUUUAUAUAGAUUGUGAAGCAGUAACACUAAUGUGUAGUAUUGAGAUGAGCAAGGGCAGACUGCAGACUGCCCACGACUACAUGGCCAGUUUAACUUUUGAACUCUCAAAUAUGUAGUUAGCUUGACCUGCAGUUAGACCAAGAGGCGUUUAUAUCGGCCGGCUCAGAAUGGCGAGGGGAGGGGGAGAGAAGAGGGGGGUGUGAAGGUAUUAAAUGGUGUAACGGGUGAUUCAUCCUGUUCAGCGGGACAGCAGCUGCAGGGAAGUUUGAAAGGCAAAGAUCAAACUCUGGUGAUGUCUGUACUUUACUGCUCACUGCUGCCCAGUGCAGACUGAUCACCUGUUGCUAACGCCACUCUAGCAUCGGUCUGCACUGCCCACUACAGACCAGUUAUCUCCAAUUCUGCAAGUCUUGUUUACAAAACAAAAACCUGAAAUGUUAAUAUAAGUUAUCGGUUUUCUUCCUGAAUAUUACCAAUCAGAAUGCCUUCACCAUUUGUUAUUUUGUUUCGGGCAGCAAUUAUCCAGUGAACAUUUAAAGCUGGUGAAAGGGGAAACGUAUCCACUCUGGUAUCCACUGUUGUAAACACCAUGCCUCUCCUGUUACACAUCCACGUCAGUACCAAGGCUCGUCACUAAAUAACAUGUAAUGUUGGGAUAAAAUGCCAUCAGCCUGCUACUGGUUGGUCUUGUGGUAAAUUGGGGCAGCAAGCAAGCCGUCAUCCUUGGGCCAAAACUGCAAAUUCAUUCACUGCCUUUAUUUAGUUUUAAAAUCAUUCUUUCUACAUAACAGCCGGAUAAACCUGGCAGAGAUUAGAUAUAUCUCAGAUCAAAAUGUGAUUGGAUGGUGACGUGUAUAUUUUCCUUUGUGGAGUUAGCUGUUUUAAAAUGUUGAUAACUGUGCAGUGUAAAACUAGAACCGCACCAGCCCCUCCCUCCCUCCCUCCCUGUGUGAAUAUGUACUUGCUAAUUCAUCACCUCUGUGACUGUCGCUGUUCACAAAGAUGGCCUCUCAAUGGUGCUGAGGGUGGGGUGUGAUUGUGGUGGUCACACACCAAGUGCUGGAGAAACUCAGCGGGCCAGGCAGCAUCUCUGGAGAAAAGGAAUAGGUGACUCCCAGUCUGAUGAAACGUCACCCAUUCAUUUUCUCCAGAGAUGCUGCCUGACCCCGCUGAGUUUCUCCAGUAUUUUGUGCCCAUCUUCGGUGUAAAGCAGCAGCUGCAGUUGCUUCUUACACGUAUGAUAGUUGUAUGUAAACUUCCCAGAGCAGGUUGGCGAUCUGAAUCACCACUCCAGCAUUCUGUAACUACCAAGCCUAGGGGUAGGGGGCAGUAGUGAGUGGAAUGCCACCUCAAUCUAGUGUCUAUUCUGAGAAUGAAGAAUGUAUUCAAAUGAUCUUGAACUUUUAAAGAUAAGAAUUUACGCAGUUGCUCAAAAUAGUAACAGCUAAUUUGUCAAAAGGGUAUGUAAGAGGCAAGCACAAAAUGCUGGAGUAACUCAGCGAGUCGGGCAGCAUCUCUGGAGAGAAGGAAUAGGUGACGUUUUGGGUCCCCUAUUCUUUACUCCAGUUACUCCAGCAUGUUGUGUCUAUCUUGAUGUAAACCAGCAUCUGCAGUUCCUUCCUCCACCAUUUGUAGGGGACCAUUGACUGUGAUAUCAGGAUCCACAUGCAGUGCAUGUGUCCCAUCAUCCGUCCAUGCACGAGAAGAGAACAAGUGUAACAUCGCAAACUCCCUGGGAACGGAGUGAAGCACUUGUACGCUGAGGGGCAGCAUUCUCCCCGCUAUCUUCAUUACAGUGGGGAGUGCCGGCAACUAGUAAUGUCAUAACUCAUACCUGAGGCACGAGGACACUACCAGGAACUGUCUGAAACAUUCAUUUUACAUUUACAUAAAUGUUGUAUAUAUUAUUCAAGAUGGUGGUUCACUAAUAAAGCAACCUCUAGAUUCAGAUGUUUCUCCACUUUCUCCACACGGUUACAGAAUGCCUUUGGAUGGAUUCCUCUCCUCAGGGGGAGGGGGCUGUCUUGUACUUUGUUGUAUAUGUUCCAUUACUAACCCCCGAAUGUGUGCUACCAAUGAUUCGUUCAACAAAAUCCAAAUGUCUGAUAUCUCAAGCAGUUGGUGUUGAGCAUGCACUUUUGCCAGUUGAGUGCUGAAGGUGAUAUUUAACACUGACCCGCUUCCUGUUUCUUUUGUGCAAUGAAAUGCUAAUUGUCAUUAAUGCCAUUUAGAAAUGCACUCUCUUGUAGAUGGUAGUGGAACUGUGAUGGUGAUGGUGACCUGCUUGUAAACUCAUCUAUUGUACAUUUGUAUUGAAAUAAAUACAUGCAGUUGUGCACAGUG